AUGACGAAGACGGAAGUCCUCACGGCUCGAGGAGGGACGAGAGCCCAGAGGGGCUCCGGAUUGCGGAAGUUUGGUGAGGAGGGUCUGGCGGAUUGUGGAGGUCGGUGUGGUUUCCCAAGUUCCCGAAGGGCAGGCGCCGCUCAGGGUCCAAGAGCCACCAGCCUCCCGACAUUUGGGGCCACACCGGUCGCGGCUCGACGUCGAUCCUGUUGGCCCUCCCAAUCCCUGGUUUCUCCCCAGGGAAUCGCCUCGGAUUUCCGCCAUGGCAUCCACUUCAUCCAACCUCCAGAAAGCAAUAGAACUUGCUAACAAAGCUGCACAAGAAGACAAAGCUGGGAACUAUGAAGAAGCCCUUCGACUCUACCAACAUGCUGUACAGUAUUUUCUUCAUGUAAUUAAAUAUGAAGCACAGAGCGAUAAAGCCAAGCAAAAUAUCAGGGCAAAGUGUACAGAAUAUCUUGAUAGAGCAGAAAAACUAAAGGAGUACCUGAAAAAGAAAGAAAAAAAACCACAGAAACCAGUAAAAGAGGGACAACCGAGUCCAGCAGAUGAGAAAGGGAAUGACAGUGAUGGGGAAGGAGAAUCUGAUGAUCCUGAAAAAAAGAAACUACAGAAUCAACUUCAAGGUGCCAUUGUUAUAGAGCGACCAAAUGUGAAAUGGAGCGAUGUGGCUGGUCUGGAGGGAGCCAAAGAAGCACUUAAGGAGGCUGUGAUAUUGCCUAUUAAAUUUCCUCAUCUUUUUACGGGCAAGAGAACACCUUGGAGGGGCAUUCUAUUAUUUGGGCCACCUGGAACAGGAAAAUCAUAUUUAGCCAAAGCCGUAGCAACAGAAGCAAACAACUCAACAUUUUUUUCGAUAUCUUCCUCUGACCUUGUUUCUAAGUGGCUAGGUGAAAGUGAAAAGCUAGUUAAGAAUUUAUUUCAACUUGCCAGAGAGAACAAACCUUCCAUUAUCUUCAUUGAUGAAAUUGAUUCUCUGUGUGGUUCAAGAAGUGAAAAUGAAAGUGAAGCUGCACGUAGAAUUAAGACCGAGUUCCUAGUUCAAAUGCAAGGGGUUGGUGUGGACAAUGAUGGAAUUUUGGUUCUGGGAGCUACAAAUAUACCGUGGGUUCUGGAUUCUGCCAUUAGGCGAAGAUUUGAGAAACGAAUUUAUAUUCCUUUGCCUGAGGCCCAUGCCCGAGCAGCAAUGUUUAAACUGCACUUAGGGACCACUCAGAACAGUCUAACGGAAACAGACUUCCGAGAACUGGGGAAGAAAACGGAUGGUUAUUCAGGAGCAGAUAUAAGUAUCAUUGUACGUGAUGCACUUAUGCAGCCUGUUAGAAAAGUACAGUCAGCUACCCAUUUUAAAAAGGUUUGUGGACCGUCCCGAGCUGACCCUAACAAAAUUGUAGAUGAUCUGCUAACGCCCUGUUCUCCUGGUGAUCCUGAUGCCAUUGAAAUGACAUGGAUGGAUGUCCCUGGUGAUAAACUUUUGGAGCCAGUUGUUUCCAUGUCGGACAUGUUACGAUCACUGUCUAGCACAAAAGCUACAGUCAAUGAACACGACUUGUUGAAAUUAAAGAAGUUUACAGAAGACUUUGGCCAAGAAGGCUAAUCCAAAGCAAUAAGGAAGAGGUUUACCAUAUGUAUUCUUUCUUUCAUAAAUAGUUUUGCCUUUCUUGGAUGGCAUUCAGAUUAUUUCCAAACUCUUUUACCACAGGGAUACUUAGAUCUUACUUCAGAGCUCCUUUAAGUUUUAUACUGUACCUUUCCUCCAUUACCUAUUAAAUGCUCCUAUUAACAAAAAUUACAGAGUAGUGAGUUAUGAGGAAAUGAGUUAUAUAUGAAUGGCAAGUAAUAGAAUUUUACCCAGGAAAAAGUAGAUGGCAAUUAAUUGAGAUGCACAUAUUUAAAAUUUGUAUGAAUGUAGUGGUCUUUGCAAAGAGCAUUUAUCAUUUUUUGACUAAAGUAAAAUAGGGUUUCGUUUAUAUUUUAGAAAAAAAUUCUUAAAUAUCAUUCUUAAUAUCAAAGAAAAAUUUAUUUGCUUUAUUCAAAAUUUGAAAUGAUAGAAUCUUUACUCUCAGGGAUGGGUAGUAUAUAAUAAAACAGUAACAAGCACUAUGUUUGGGUUUGAAAGAUUUUGAACUGUGUUAUAGCCAGUGAGUGCCCUGGCUAUAAAAUUGAUUUCUGAGAGGUUGACUUUUUUUCUCUCUGUUUGGAUUUAAAUAUUUUCUUUAAAAGCAGCAAGCUUUUAUAUUUUAACUAAAUGAUACCUUUCACUGUGCAAUCUCAAGGGAACAACUUUCGAAAUUAGGCAUUGUCUUUACCUUGAGGAACAAAAUUGUCUAUUUCAUUGUCUUUUUAUGGCAAGUUUGACCAAAACAGGUGGUAAAUAAGUUUAUGAUUUUUAAAUAGCUCAUUGAAAUACUGUAAUGGGAACCUUUGCUAACAAGGAAAGGCCACGCUUUGGAUUAUGGGAAGUUCCUUCUGUGUGAUGUGUGUAUGUGUGUGUGUAUAUAUAUAUAUAAAUUUUUUUUAAUAUAGGCUAGAAAGGAUCUUGUCUUUUACCUUUUAGGUUCAGAGAACAGUUUAUCUUGGCCACACAUACAUUAUCAGUGUAAUGCUUUAUGAAGCUUUAGAAAUGCACAGUCUCAUUAAAUAAUAAAAUAUACACAUGAUAUUUUGUUAUUUUAAUAUCUUCAAAUAAAUAAUCUGAGGAUGUGUAUUAAAACACCUUAGCAUCAACACUAAGUUGUGCCUUGUACAUCUGCAUUGGCUAUACAUGCAAAAGAUUAUUAGUUAGCUAGAAUGAGGUAGAUUCCUUAAUUAUUGUAAAGUUCUACCUUGCAAAUGCUAUAGAAUAACUUGCAUUUUAAGAUAUAUUUGCACAUUUUACAUGUUAUGCUAUAUGGUUGCCUUUGGGGUUUCUGUACAGAUUGUUUUUAUUGAUGUUAAUGGAAAUCAUGGGUCUGAAAUACACUGUUCUUAUGUGAAGUAAAUUGAUAUAACCUACUAUUGGCUAUAUUCUGCGUAUGCUUCUUUAUUUUGUGACCUGGGUUGGAGAAAAUGCUAUCAAAAUUGGUUAGUUACAAAGAAAUCAUAAAACAUUAAGAAUUAAGAGUAUAUGCAUGAAAAUUCUAUUUUUCCUUGAUUUUUAUGUGAGGCUUGGGAAUUAACUUAGCAGACUAACACUGGAUUUUUUUGUGGAUACCCUAUAUGAUAAUUUAUGUACUUUAUAUGUUAAUCAGCAUCAGAAUUACAUUACAGUAUUGUUCUUAGUUUCAUAUUAGAAUUAUAUAAUAGUUGCAAUCCAGAAUUUUUGUGAAUCCAAAAUUUGUUUUGAGGAAGUAUUCUACUUAAAUUGAUCAGAUACAUGACCAUAUAGGAUGUAAGCACAGUUAUGAUGAGAAAUGGCUGCUUUAAUUACACAUAAUUCUUCAGUAUGCUUUGAGGGCUAUGUCUCAGUAGCCAUACAAUUCUAGCCAUAGCUCCAUUAUCAGAACUUCUGGGUCUAAAACUAUUCCUGGAACCCAGUAACUUUGGUUUGUUUGAUUUAAAAUGUAUUUGAUUUUUAAUACUAUUGAAAUACCAUUUACCACUUGCAUAAUUAGAUUAGAGGGACACGCACCUAACACGGUUGCCAUAAAUGUUGCUUGACGUUGUCGCAGAUGAGGUACCACAGAGUGUGUGGCAUCAACACUGAGGUCCUCAGGGUUUAAACUCUUACAGAUGCCCUGCUCUGUCCUACCUCAAUACCCUCGUUUGAAUACUUCUAGUACCCUAAUGAUAGGUGUCCUUUCCUUUUAGCUGCUAGUCCAAAUCCCAUAUUUCCUUCAAGACUUAGCUCAUGACUCGGGUAAUCUAUUCCAGAAAGAAUUCCUAAACUGUCCCCAUCCUACCUUUGGAUUUCUUUAGCACUCAGUUGCUAUCUUAAGAUUUUUCUCCAGUGCCAAGCAUGUUCUGUUAAUCUUAUUUAGAUCACUUCAAUUGUAAACUCUGCAAAGAAUUAACAUUUUCUCCAGCAAUUAGCAUAGUGCUGGACACUAUUUAUUAGGUACUUAGAAAAGUUUGUUGAAAAAAUAAGUGAAUUUUAUUGAUCUACUUCAUGGAUUAUCUGUGAGGCUCUUUAUAAAUUAGGUAAUUUGUUAGGUAAUAGUCACUUUGUUAUUACUGGUCUAGUGAAGUUGUGAUAAAGUUGUGUUUCUAUCUUGGUUAUUAGGGACUCUAAAGUCAGAGAUGUGCUGGAGCCAGCUCAUGCUGGCUCACAAGAACCAAUUGUUCUCAUCUCUUCCUGGCUCAUAUUGGUAGUUUGAAACACACAGAAAUCAGCAAGAGUUUCAGUUAACACAGUGCUGUACAAAGCAAGGAGAGCCUGUAGUUUAAAAUGGGGAAAUUAAUAUUAUUUGUCAUGUUUCCAGAAAUAAAGGAGACAAGUUCUAUUAUCUUUACAGAUGCCUAAAAAGCAUUUGAUAAAAUCCAACAUCCUAAACAAAAAAGCUUACAAUCUAGAAAUAGAAAGAAAUGUCUUAAUUUAAUAAAGAGUAUCUGCAAAGAAACAAAAAAUUAUAUAGCAAGCUUAUAUUUGUGAAUUAUUGAAAACUACUCCCUGGAGUUCAGAAGAAGACAGAGGUGCCUGAUAUCACCACUGGUUUUCAUCUUUGUACAGGAGGCUCCAACCAGUGCAAGAAAAAGAAAUAAAGAGCUUAAGGAUUAAAAAGGAUGAAACAAAAUUGUCAUUAUUCACAGAUGGCAUGAUUGCAUAUAUGGAAAAUCCAAAUUAAUCUAAAGAUAAACUAUUAGAAAUAAUAUAAAAUUAGCAAGGUGACUGGAUACAAGGUCAGAAAAUAAAAAUUAUUGUAUUUCUAUAUUCUGGCAACAAUUAGGAAUUGAAAUUAUAAAACAAUACCAGUUACAUUAGUAUCUGAAAGCAUCAGAUACCUCAAAAUAAAUCCACUGAAAGAUGUGCAAGACCACCACAUAGAAAACUACAAAACAUUACCAAAAGAAAUUAAAGAUGACCUAAAUAAGUGGGGGGAUGUGCCCUCUUCAUGAAUUGGAAGAUUCACUAUUAAAAAAAUGUCAAUUUAACCAAAUUGAUUUAUAGAUUUAAUGCAGUCCCACAUCUGAAUCUGGAUGGUUGAUGCAGAGGUGUAUACAUUUGCAAACACUCCUGAAGUUCUACUUUUACAAUAUGCGCCCUAUGCUAUAAAUACACAUAUCCAGAAACAAAAAUAGAUGCUUAAUAAGUGAUUUAUUGAUGAUUAGGGGAAAAUAGUUUCUAGUAUAUUUCUCCAAGCUGUAUCUGUCAGACCAUUCAUCCAUCAAUCCAUCCAUUGAUGAUCCAUCAGAAAUCUGUAUGUAUUCAUUGAAAGAUUUCUGGAAUGACUCUCGCCCUAUGUUCACUAUGUUAUUUGUGAGUAGUGAGAUUUGAGUUGAUUUUUUAUUUUCGGUGCUGCUUGUCUCCUUCAGGUGUAUUUUCAAACAUCACCUUCUCAGGCCUUCCUGUUUUUAAUUACAGUCCCUCCUGAUGCUCCUUAUUUAUCCCCAUGCCCUGUUGUUUCCCUCUGUAGCACUUACCAUUAUCUAACACUCUAUUUUACUCAGUUUUCCCUUAUUUGUAGUUGUCUCCCACUGGCGCAUGCACCCCACGAGAGGCAGCAUUUCUUGUCUCCGGUGUUCCCCGCAGUGUCUCUAGUAUCUACAAUAGUCCCUGGUCCCUGAAGGGUGCCAGGAAAUGUUUGAGUGAAAGAAUCUUUGUAUGCUUUCUGUUUGAGUACUUUACAAUGAGCAUUUAUAUUUUUGUCCCAUCCCCCCAAAUUUUAUUUCUGUAAACAAAGAAAAAAAAGAAACUUAGAACUGGAAACAGAUACACUGAGAGACUAUCAGUGGCUAAAUCUGGGUGGUAGACAUGUGGAUACUUAAAAUUUUUCCCUUAUAUUUUCAUUUUUGAAUUUUUAAUUUCCCAAAAUUAAAAAAAAAGAUUAAGGGACACUUACAGUCAGGUUAACAGCUAAUGACAGGAAUCUCUCUUUCUUCCCCAGGACUCCUAUAAAAUAACAACAAAUGUUUUAAAAAGAGAGAGAAAAACAGGACAACAAAGAUAUUCAUCAAACUAAUGUACUUGGAGGGAUGCCAGUCAACAUCCAAACUGCCGUCCUGGUUUGGGGAAUGCCUCUGGCCUCCCACCACAGGAACCAAAAUGGGAGCUCCUUUCCUUCAUCACUUGGCAGUCAGCACAUGGACCCUUGACCUAGCCGUGACUUUUCAGAUGCCGUCACCCAGAUCCUUUAGCCUUGAACAAAUAACACAAAGAUGGCAGGACAUUUAAAAACUAGAAUCCUAGUAGCAUCAGCAGCAUCAAAUUGGGUCCAGAAGCACUGGUGUAGCCUGAGUGCCGAGGCUCCUUUGGUCCUCCCAGAGAGGUUCCAGACUUUCCAUCAGUUCUGUGAAAAACCCAGUGUGCUUCCAAUAAAUUUCUAUUCUACUUAA